AUAUAGGUUAUAAAAUGUAUAAACAAAUAUUUUUGACAAUAAUUAGCUGUAUCAGUGUAUUAUCAGUUGAUGUUGAUCCUUCAAAGACAGUAUUAUGGGGCCCAGGAUUAAAUCCUGGGAAAAUAACAAUGCGUGCCCGGUAUUUUUUCUUACAAUUAAUUGAUUCCAGUGGCGAAAACUGGACGAAAUCUCCAGGAGAUUCAAUUGUCCAGGUAAAAGUUACUGGUCAGACUAAAAAUAAUCAUGGAUGUAGAAUUUGGAGCCAAGUACUAGACUGUAAUGACGGGAGUUUUAUAAUUAGAUAUAGAAUUUUUGAAACUUGUUACAAUUUAAAUAUUAAAGUUGUUGUUAAAAAUGAAAUUUUGUCUGCGGGUUCGCUAACUGAGAAAGGUCCAGUUUAUCCAGAGGAAUGUCAUUGUCCUGACCAAUCAGUUGAUGGCUGGUUAAAAAAUAAUGAAUGCGCUGAAGAAUAUCCUCAAGUUACUGAAGACCUGAAAAUAUUCCCAUCAAUUAAUUUUGAUGAGUUGAGAAAUGAUUUAAUUAAAGAAUAUCAUAAGCCGCACAGCCAUAGCUUCUGUCAUUAUGUAAUUAAAAACAAUAGGAUUUACAGGAAAUGCUACGGGCAACAUGUGGGAUUCAAAAUGUUUUCGGAUUCGAUUUUACUGUCGCUUUCAAAUAAAGUGAGACUGCCAGAUGUUGAAUUUUUUAUGAACCUGGGGGACUGGCCGUUGAUUUCGAAAAUUAAAAAGGCGUAUCCGAUGUUUUCUUGGUGUGGAUCUGAGGAAACGAAUGAUAUUGUUCUGCCGACUUAUGAUAUUUCUGAAUCUUCGAUAGAAAAUAUGGGAAGAGUCAUGUUGGAUAUGCUAUCAGUUCAAGGAAAGAUUAAAACUCCUUGGGAUCAAAAAAUAGAAAAAGUUUUUUGGCGUGGUCGUGAUUCUAGAAGAGAACGUUUAGAUUUAAUUGAUAUUGCGAAAAAAAAUCCAGAACUUUUCAAUGUUUCGAUAACGAAUUUCUUUUUUUUUAAAGAUGAAAUUGAUAAAUAUGGACCUGGUGAAAAACAUAUUUCGUUUUUUGAUUUUUUUAACUAUAAAUAUCAAUUAAAUAUCGAUGGAACUGUCGCAGCGUAUCGAUUUCCGUAUCUCCUGGCUGGAGACUCGUUGGUUUUUAAACAGGAGUCGAAGUAUUAUGAAUAUUUUUAUCAUCAUGCGAUUCCUAAUGAACAUUACGUUCCAGUGAAACAUGAUUUGUCUGAUCUGGUAGAAAAAAUUAAGUGGGCUAAGGAAAAUGAUGAUGAGGCGUUGAAAAUUGCGAUAGCUGGGAGGAGUUUGAUGAGAGAGGUCGCGUUACCGCGUGAUGUAUUUUGUUACCAUGUUUAUUUAUUGAAGGAAUGGAGUAAAAGAAUACAGAAUAAAAUUAAAGUGUUGGAAGGAAUGGAAGAAGUGCCUAGACCUUCAUAUGACUGUGAGUGUGUUAAUGAUUUGGAGAAGAGACAAAUUCAGUCUGAAAUUAAAAAUGAAUUAUGA